AAGACAUAUUAUAAUCAUAGGAGUUUCGCGCAUACAGUCAUUUCACGACGUGCACAAUACUUAUGUACAUAUACUGUGGUGUUACUCGGAGCUAUCUCACAAAAGGAGUACUAAAUAUCGUUGAAACAGUUUGUCUCUAGAGUUUAUAUAGCAAUGGCUGAAAAGAUUGAAAUAGAGAAAGCCUCCAGUUCUUCACAGGACCUGAUAUGUCCGCUAUGUCUUGAUAUUUUUGAUGAACCUACGAUCCUGACGUGCGGACACACUUUCUGUAGAAAGUGUCUCAAGAAAUAUGAUCUGACCCACCAGGACAUUGACCACAUGGUCUGUCCUCUCUGCAGGGAGAUCACCAAGUUGUCUGCCAACCGUGUCGACGAUCUCCCCCUCAAUGUCUCCAUCAACGAAAGUGUAGACGAUUACCACGCCAAGAGUGGAGGGAUGAAUGCAGUCCUUGAGUUGCGUCAAAAAUGUACGGCUUGCAAACUUCAGCAAGACGCUGUCUCCUUCUGCAGAACAUGUAAUAACUACAUAUGUGACAAAUGUUUACAACCUCACCAGUACAUGACCAUGUUUGAAGAUCAUGAGAUUGUCUCCAUGGAGGAUGUCAUCGAAGGGAAGGUCAGCAUUGGUCAUCAAUUCGAGAAAUGCUCCAUCCACAAACAAGAGAACAAAGAUAUGUUUUGUGAUGAUUGUAAGGUCCGUGUCUGUCUUAGGUGCGUGGUCGUUGGUCAUAAGGUCCAUAACAUCAAGAACCAGUCUGACUUUGAGCACGAGUUGAGGCGAAAGGUGACAGCCCUUGCCCAGCAAUGUGCAGCUAAGAAAGCUGAGCUGGAAAAGAACAUUCAGAAUAUAGAAGAACAACGUCAUGAGGUACACACUGCCAUGCAGAAACUACUAGAUGAUGUCAGGCAGGCUUACAGCAUCAAGGUCAAGGAGCUGGAAGGAAAUCUUCAAGAUCUCAUCGAGCAAAUAAAUGAAUUGAAGCGAAGUUUCGAGGAUGAUCUCAACAUCUUAAAGUCCAAGGAUCGACAGAGGAUCAAGAGCAUUUGUAGUUCGAUUACAUUGGUAGAUAAUGACAGACUGGGUCAUCUUGAGACAGAUAGUCUGUCUGCUCAUAAUUUGCUCUGUGAUGAGCUAGGUGCCAUGCUGAAAGAGGUUACCGAUCGCACUACUGCGGAAGUUAUCACAAAGAAAGCACAGGAGAAGAGAUUCAAUCCUGCAGAUGCUACUUGUCUUGACCUUGGAAAAAUAUCAGAACCUAUCGAUCACACUUCUACUGUUGCUAUCACGGAGAAAGCACAGAAGAGAUUGAAUCCUGCAGAUAAAUCUUUUCUUGACCUUGGGAGCAUCUCUGGAUCGGCUUCCAAGUUAGAAAUCAUUAAGUGUAUAGAUCUACGAAGGCGGAUGUUUGGAAUGACAGCUUACACUCAUACCAGUGUGGCCAUCGUAUAUGGGAGUGAUGCACGAGGUAUUGAUAUCAUUGAUACAGCUGGUGGAACGGAGCGGUAUACAAACAUACCACGUGACGUGGGUUAUAAAGAUAUUGUGUUUCAACGAGACAGUGCAUUAUGUGUCUCAACUAGUUCUACAGAAGCACACGUGUAUUCUCCCAAUGGCUCCAGGAAAGCAACAAUCAACGUGGAUAAGACUGGUAAUUAUCUCAGAUUGAACAGAAGUCCAUCAAAUGAGAUCCUCAUGGCUAACGGUGCCAAAAAAGUCUACAUCUAUGACCCGACUGGAUCCACUCUCAAACACACUGUUCCAACAAAGCACAGGACGUGGCAGGUAUCAUCCACCAGGUCGGGUUUGAUCGUCACCAGUUCAUGUUAUCUCAUCAAUCCAAACGUGGUGACGGUCUAUGACAGGGAUGGGAAUGCUGGUGAGUCUCUACAAGCUCCAAAGGAUGUCUACCUGUAUGCUACCGUGGAUGAGCAGGACAGGGUGUAUGUAGCGAGUGUUGAUUGGAAGAAUAGGAAGGUGGUGAUCAGGCUCUAUGAUCUUGAUGGUCUGAACCUGAAGGAAAGAGUUGAGUUCAAAGCACUUGAUAUGACAUUGGGUUCUACUUGGUGUUACUUGGUUUCCCUCUCUCCGGACCUACUCGCCUUUGCUUGUAACAAGAAGUUAUAUUUCAUCAAGGUAUCGCUGUAAUGAAGAGUAUCUCACUAGUGUGUAUAAGAUGAACUAUUGAUUUUUAUGCGAUUAUUUUAUAGUGUAUCUGAAAUGAGAAUCAAAUAUGUUUGUAAACACCUUUCUUAAUUUGUUUACCUUUUGUGGUGUGUAUAUACACAAAACUUUUAACACGACUCGAAAAAAAAAGUUCAUACACAUAAAAUAAUCCCAUCAAUGAAACUUAAGUAUCAAAAGACCAUUAUUUUUAUCUAUUUCGUGAAUCUGAAUUAACCACACAGUAAAAAAUACGUUGUUUAAGCCUGUCACUCUAAUAACAAAUUGUGUCUCUUUCUUGUAAUUGUUUAAACAUUUUAAACAACUAGUUUUUAAGUUGUUUUAAAAAUAAACAGAUGCUUAAAGAGUUUAAACAGCAGUUAUUAGAGUGACGGGCUUAAACAAAGUGCUUGAAGUUUUAAACAGCGCUUUUACAGUGUAAUGCUUUUGUUGUCAUUCAACUGGUGUAAUUAAGCGUUUAAUAUUUUGGGGUCUCUGAUAUAGUGAAAUCAAUGAAAGACUUAUAUAUUAAAUGAACUUUAUAUUUUGUGAGUGUCAAGAUUUGUCUUUUGUAAAUUGUUUACAAUCGAUUUGCUGUUUUGUUGCAAGCCAGUCUAUAUUAGUUGCGGAUAUACGUAAAUAUGAUCUCGAAAUUUUAUAUUUUUUUCUGUCCAGUGUUAUGAUGUGAUGAAAAGGCCUAAUAUUUACGGAUAUCAGCGAAUUCUGUCUUAUUCCUCUAUAAAUCCAUUAAUCUGAAUAGGCCUAUAUUGCUAUUUGUGUGGGAUGUAUAGUCCUCACAAACCGAUCCCUAUAUUUGUUUUUAUGAAAAAUGACUUACAGGAACAUUAUACUUAAUUUAUAAUAAAACGCCUUACUGAAUGAUUGUAUGAUACAAAUAACCACCAGAAAUUAUAUGAUAUUAACAUAUUCCAAUUUGACGAGGGCUUCAGUUUUUUUCAAAUAACCUGUUUUUUUUUGUUGCUGUUGUUUUGCCUUAUUCAGAAUUUAAUACAUUAUAAUAUAAUAAGGAAUACGUACAUAAGAACUUAAUAUUUUCAUACAUUGCACAAUAUGAUACGUCUUUUCUUUAAUUAUGUUACAUUGAUAAAUUAAUAAAGCAGACAGUGCCUGUACCGUUUCCAAAAAA